AUGUCCGGAUACUUUGGCCAGGGCAUUACCGCCAACCAAUUCGUAGCAUACUUGGCGGCCAUUCAGGGCGCCAAUGGUGGCGGUGCUCCGACCGUCCCUCCGCAGCAAACACAGACUGUCAUCCCCGACAUUCUCUCGCAAUACCUACGAGGUGGUGCCCGCGCUGGAGCCGCCUAUACAACUCCGGCGCAAUGGGCGGCCCUCGCUCAGCUCAUGCCGCAGCAAGCAGCGCCCGCUCAGCAGCAGCAGCAGCAGCCCUUGGCUCAGCCGCUCCCGCCGGUGCAGAAGUCCAAAGAUCCGGUAGAAGAAGAGGAGCUCGAGUACCGCAAUGCACGCACGGAGCAGUUCGAUAGAACUCUCGUUCAACUCUUGCUUGCCGCUCGGAACUUGGGUAUGACGAAGUUCGCCAUGAUUGGGCGGAUGGGUAUGUCUUACGGCCAUUCACCAGACUGGUGGAAGAACUACUAUCUGGUCUUCGCGGACGAUAUAGAUCGGCAGAUGGAUGAAGCCGGGGGUGCCAGAGGCAGCGCUCGUGUAGACUCUAGCGCUUCGGCGAGUACCUCGAGCCAGAGUACAUCCGAUAGCGCAGAUUCUAUCAAGGCGGGACAGAAGCGCAAGGCACCUCUCUUAUCUCCCGCUCCCGAGGGGCUCAAGAGUUCGAGUGCAUCUGGCGCUUCCGCAUCGCGUGCAGCACCUCCAGCGCGCAAGGCGGCGCGUCGCUGUCAGGAGCGCUUACAGGAUGGCUCCGACGACGACUACGUCGACUCGGAUCGUGAAGAUACGUAUGGCCGCUCGAGACGCACAUACACGCUCUCUAUACCGUCUAUUAUGCCGGAUAAAUCACCCGAUUCGCCGACCAAGCUAGUUGCAUGCACCAAAGGAUAUCGUUUCACGGAAGAGGACAAAGAGUUCUUCGUGAACAUGAUCCUAUGGCAACUCAAGUUGGAUAACGGUGUGAGUAAGAAGUCCAUCCUCAAUGCACUUCAUGAAAAGGCCCCGCAUCACUCGGUGAUGUCUUGGGAAACGUUCUGGAAACACGCAAAUGGGCAAAAGAUUCAGGACCAGGCGCGUCGCAUGCUUGGUGCCGCCAGCACUUCUAUCAAAGUGAGCGGUGGCGACUGA